ACACAUACGCACACGCAACACAUUUGGGCCAUUCACUCUGUCAGUUAAGAGUGGGUCCGGGCAAGCAGCAAACCUCCUCAUGGCUCUAAGGACGGCGGCUCUUUACCUAUGUUUCCUGCUGGGAGUCCAUUGCUGGCAUGAUCUGGAUAACACUGAGUAUGACUGUUGGCCCAUCAACGAUCCAAAUGAUUUCAACAUGAUAAGCUGUGGUGGUCUGGAAAUGGCCUGGGUGCAGCGUCCUCCAGAGAAGGUGUCCAACGGGGAAGAGUUCAAUGUCUCGUACACGGUGACGGCCUCGGAUUCCUUCUACGAGUACGCCGUAAAAAAACAGAUUUUCCAGUUUAAUAAUGCGUCAGAGGCUAAGAGGUUCUGUCAUGAACAUGAUUGCCCGCCAAACUGGAACAACGCCAAUGAAAUGAACUGCUGCGUCUACCACGCCAACGUCCACUCCUGUCCUCUCGGUCUCAUGAAACAAGGUGGAAUCUGUGGCCCGUGGAUUCCCGACGAUGGUAAAAUUGUGACUCACACUGUCUCCAAAGCGGGAAAGAUGUCCCAGAAAUACUGGACUUCAAAGGUGGUGCUGAUCCACUUGGGAGUCACCUCCGUCAUUGCUCACAUCAAAAUGGGACGCAUGCACGCAGCACUCGAGUCCAAAGUGCUUGUUGUCAGUGCUCAAGUGUGCGGCGACGAAGUUUGUGAGCUGGAGGAGAACUGUCUGAACUGCCCUGCAGACUGUGGCAUCUGCCCGAUGUCCAUCACUAUCAAAGUGGCCAUCGGGCUUCCAGUUGCUCUCUUCAGCGGCGGCUUCAUCCUUACCAUAGUGUGGCUCCAGUACCAGAAACAGAGGAUGCUUUGGGAUGAAAGUUGGAUAAUCAGUUACAAGAGCAUCAUUUUUGGUGACGUUUGUUGCAUGGGCCUCUGCAGCACCAUUAGUCUGCAGCGCGUCAAAAGCAUCUCCACCAUCAGUCAAACAACUGAGGUGACCGUGUUCACCGGAAUCAACACUUCUGUCAUCCAGCCAGGCAUAUUUGACGGGAGGACAGUGGCAGUGAAACACAUCCAGAAUAAACAUUUCACCCUCUCCAAAACCAUCAGGAAGGAGGUGAAAGAAGUUAGGCAACUGGAUCACCCCAAUCUAUGCAAGUUCAUUGGUGGUUCCAUCGAGAUCCCCUACAUCAGCAUCAUCACAGAGUACUGCCCAAAAGGAAGCCUGUCGGAUGUCUUGCUGAAUGAGGACGUCCCCAUCAACUGGGGCUUCAGACUCUCCUUUGCCACUGACAUCACUCGCGGGAUGUCAUACCUCCACCAGCACAAGACGUUUCAUGGAAGACUUCACUCCAGAAACUGUGUAAUCGAUGACCGCUGGGUGUGCAAAAUCUCAGAUUUUGGGCUCACGGCUUACAGAAGGGAGGACUUUGACGCCGUCAGUAACGGCUUCAACUGUGGGGGUGUAAAUCGUAUUUACUGUGCACCGGAGGUCUUGGUGGGAAACAGCUCCAAUAUAUCCCCAGCGGCAGACGUCUACAGCUAUUCCAUAAUUCUGGUUGAAAUUGCAACUCGCUCCAACCUCAUUUCAGACCAGGCUGAUGGAGGAGUGAGGAUGGAUGUCAUAUGGCGCCCCCCUCUGCCUGAAGUCAAAGCAGGGAAGGCCGAUACUGACUGUCCCAGUCAAGAGGAUUACUGUGAGCUCAUUAAGAAGUGCUGGUGUCAUAACGCCACGAUGAGGCCCACGUUUGAGCAGGUGAAGAAGAUGCUCGACAAAAUGAACCCACACAAAGUCAGCCCUGUGGACAUGAUGAUGAAACUGAUGGAGAAUUACAGCAAACAUUUGGAGGCCAUAGUUGCUGAGAGAACACAGGAUCUUCUUCAAGAGAAACAGAAGACAGAUCAGCUGUUGUACAGCAUGUUACCAAAACCGGUGGCUGAUGACCUUCGUCAGGGUCGAACAACAGAUGCUCAGAGCUUCACCAACGCCACAGUCUACUUCAGCGAUAUUGUGGGCUUUACACAAUUGUCUGGUGCCAGCACUCCCUACCAGGUGGUGGACUUCCUCAACAAGCUCUACACCACCUUCGAUGACAUUAUUGACAAUUAUGAUGUCUACAAAGUCGAGACAAUUGGUGAUGCUUACAUGGUGGUCUCAGGGGUCCCUCAAGAAAAUGGCAUCAAUCAUGCCGGUGAGAUAGCCAGCAUGGCUCUUGAUCUGGUCAGUGUCUGCCACACUUUCCAGAUCCCUCAUAAACCCGACACUCAGCUGAAGAUACGUGCUGGCAUCCACUCAGGACCUGUUGUGGCCGGAGUGGUUGGCACCAAAAUGCCUCGCUACUGCCUGUUUGGGGACACCGUCAACACAGCAUCACGCAUGGAAUCAACAAGUGAAGCUCUGAAGAUCCAGUGUAGUGGGGCCACAGCUGACCUGCUUCACAUACUAAGCGGUUACAUUCUGACAUGCAGAGGAUCUCUCAGUGUGAAGGGAAAAGGGGAUAUGACAACAUGGUGGCUUGAAGCAAAGCAAGACGAUUACACAGACCCACUGCUCAGACCAUCUGAAACCAGAGGAGUCCUGGUGCCAGUUAGUGACUAGUUCAGAGCCUAAACUGUAACAAGCACUGUAUGAAAACUGGUCAGGCUUUGUGUUGUGCAAUUUAAUUGUAUCCAGUGAGGUAUUUUUUGGUUAAAUACAAUUAUAGGAUGAACUAAUAGUUUAUCAUAAAUAUAAAUACCACUGUGCACUGUAAAUCCCAAAAAAUAUGCAGAUAAACAUGCCAAAGUUAUCUAAAUGCUAUUUUUUUUAUCACACGUUACCCGUACAAAUGUUCUCUCAUGAAUAGCUUUAUUUUUAUGUUUUCAAUCUGGGGGACUUUUGUUUCAUUCGAUUAAUCUAAAGUAAAGGAGAUAGUCACUGCCUUAUAUUAGAAAAGGUCAUUUGUCCCCACAAUGUGUGUACCGGUACAUAGGAAAUCAAACUCUUGCAUUCAUGCUUUUUUGAUGCAGAAUAGAUUUGAAUUAUCUAAAUAACAACCGCUUUGUGUUUGUAAAAUAAGAAUGUGCUGUUGUCUGUAGCAGUUUUUGUAAGGUGUUGCUUACUUUGCAGUGCAAAGAGCUAAUUUACUGUCUUGUUCUUAAAUCCAGUGAUGCAACAUUUGCAUUAAAGCUACUUGUAAGUAAUUAGUAAAGUACAAGUGACUGGUGUUUCUGGACACUGCACGAUAGAUUAUUUCCUUAUUUAACCAUACUGUCAAAAUUUCUAUGUAAUAUUAAAAAUAUUGAAUAAUUAAAAACAACCGUGCGCGUUCUUCAUUGGUGU